UAACGCACGCUGCUUUCCGGCACUCUUUUUCCCACCACUUUAGCGAACACCCUUCCUCUCUUCUACCAAGUAUCGAUAUCCAGAAUAAUACAUACCGGCUUCAAGCCUCUCUGCCUGUCUGAAUAUCCCCCCUGUCGUAUCCGAAAUCCAUCAAUGUCCCCAUAAAAAACCUUAUCGUACGGAUCGCCGAAAAAGAAUACCAUCCCACUCCCACUGUCUGCCCCGCCAACAUGCCCAAUCGUUGGAAUUACGCCACGUUUCCGCAAGAGAAAAUCUUCAACGUCGGAUACUGGCAUGCGCUCCACACUUCUCAUGGGCCCAAUCCAUAAUUGUCUGAGAUGUUUGCACGGGUGUGAGAAGCUUGACAGGGUGUACGCUUUUAGGCUAUGAGGUGGCGUGACGUCCGGACUUUGGAGGGGCUUUGGAUAUUUUGCUGCCAAUACAUAUCUGAAGAUUUCACGAAGUUUGAAACCUAGCGAGAUUAUCGAGAUCUUGCAAACAUGAGAGAAAUACUUGAAGCGAAGUUGUUGAUCAACAAUGAAGUGAGUUUUAGCGGUUUACUGUAUGUGAGCAAGGACUGACGAGGGGCGAAAGCUUGUCCCUGCGUCAACAAACGAAACCUUCGACUUUCAUUCUCCAUACGAUGGAAAGCUUAUUGCAAAAGGUAAGUCCCAUCCUCCACGCUUGCACAUGAGUCUGUACUAAAAUCCCAAUUCACAGUCCCGGAAGCAUCUGCAGCAGACGUAGACUCCGCCGUCUCGGCAGCUUAAGCAGCAUUCCCAUCAUGGAGUGCCCUCUCCCCAAUCCAACGGGGAGCCCCUCUCAAAAAGCUCGCCGACAAGAUUCUCGCCGAAACCUCAUCUCUCGCUGAGCUUGAAGCUCGUUCUAUGGGAAGACCGAUCAGCGAUCACUUUGACGCCAGCUAUGCGACAAUGCACUUCAACUACUUUGCGGAGGCGGGGUACGCACAAGGUCAUACGAGUUUGAAUACUCCGGGUUUCUUGAACAUGUCAUUGAGACAGCCGUUUGGAGUUGUAGGGAUCAUUAUACCCUGGAAUGCGCCUUUGGUGUUCUUUAGUAAGAAGGUUGCUCCCGCUCUUGGUGCGGGGAACUGUGUGAUUUUGAAGAGCAGUGAAAAGGCUCCUCUUACGGUUUGCCAACUUCUCGAGAGUUUCAUUUGAACACGAUACUAAUAAUCAUCUAGUCCUGGAAAGUCUCAGAAUGGAUUUCAGAAUGCGGUUUUCCACCAGGAGUCAUCAACGUCCUCUCAGGGCACAACCACAUCUCAGGGGCGGCAAUGUCCUCACACAUGAAGAUUCGAGCUAUCUCCUUUACCGGUUCGGCACGCACAGGCAAACAAAUUCAGAUCGCAGCAGCGCAAUCGAAUCUCAAAAAGGUAGUUUUCGAGCUCGGCGGGAAAGGACCGUCCAUCAUCUUUGAUGACGCGGAUCUCGAAGAGGCUGCAGCGAAAACGGAAUUCAGUAUCAACUUCAAUAGUGGACAAACCUGUAUGGCCAAUAGUCGCAUCUAUAUCCAUGAGAGCAUCAAGGCGAAGUUUACCGAGACCUUCAAAGCUUUGGCGAGCAAGAGGAAGAUCGGGAAUCCAUUGGAGAAGGGCAUUAAUCACGGGCCGCAGGUAGAUAAGAUUCAGUACGACACAGUACUAAAAUACAUCGAGCUCGGCAAAAAAACCGGGAACCUUCUUCUCUCGGGAGAAAACUCAUCUACAAAUCUAACCGUUCAUCCUGUUAUUUUCACCGACCAACCAGAAGACUCUCAAAUCAUGAAAGAGGAAAUCUUCGGUCCAGUCUGUGUCAUCAACACCUUCAAGACCGAGGAGGAAGUCAUCGCCAAAGCCAAUGAUAGCGAGUUCGGCUUGUAUGCUUCGAUAUGGACGAAAGAUCUGGAACGGGUGAUGAGGGUAAGCAAGAAGAUUGAGAGUGGCAUGAUUGGUGUGAAUUGUGCUAGUCCGACGAGUUGUUGGGACUUGCCGUUUGGAGGGUAUAAGCAGAGUGGGACUGGAAGGGAGAGUUUCUUGGAGAGUAUGAAUCACUUUUUGGAGGAGAAGACUAUUUAUUAUAAGGUUGCUGGGAUUGGGGGUUAA